AUUUUGCUGUUAACGUCUGGAAAAGUCACCGGCUUGCUUGCACUCAAGAUUGUUCGUCUGUUUUCAGUAGAAACCAGGUAAUUUGCGAGGAUUUGAGUGUCUUUUUUCUACCUUUCUUUGUUGUGAGAAUGUCUUCUGAAGAGACACUUAGUGACGGCAGAGUGAGGGGGAGGGUUGAGGAGGUAGAGAGUAGGGAUUUGGGGGUGCCGUCAAACAUUAUGGAGAGAGAGGAUGGGAGAGAGCCGUGUUUCAACCUUGAGGAGGAAGUUGUUAGUGAGGUGGCAGGGUAUGAAACAACUUUGGAGAAUAGGGGUAGUUUGGCCCACUUGGUUGAGAACUAUGGGGUGCCCGGGCGUGUGUUGGUGAGGCCGGCGGGGAGUAGAGAGAGGGCGUGUUCGGCCCCCGGGGACCACUGGAUGCCUCUCUACUCCCAUUACCUGGCGGCUGGGUUGCGGUUUCCUCUCCCAGACCUAUUGGUGUGGUUGUUGUUAGAGUAUGGUCUGGGAUUGACGCAACUCACCCCAAACGCUGUGAGGUUGGUAGUGGCGUUUGCAGUAUAUAGCCGAAGUCGGGGGGUGAGUUUUCCUACUGCUAACGUAUUCAAGUACUUUUACGUCUUGAACGCUGGUAGUGGUAGGGAGAAGGGGUGGUACUAUUUUACGAGCCGAGUAACGAAUAAGCAGAGGAGGGGUUUGUUUAGCGCCGGUCCGUCUUCCAUUAAGGGGUGGAAAGAUAAGUUCUUUUUUGCGGAUGACAGAGAGUGGGAUAAGACUGAUGCUGAGGUAGAGCACUUAAGUCGCUGGAAGGCGAAAGGGUUAAACCUCAACGGGUAUAGUCUGACCCCGGGGGAGAUAGAGGAUGUGGAGGAGUUAGAAAGGGGGGUGGAAGAAAUGAACAAGUUUUUGGACGCAGCUGGUGGGGCUGGAAUUCCAAAGAAGGGAAGAGGGAAGAGAGGCGAGGUCAGGAGGCAGGGGGAGGAGACUUCAAUGCCUCAAGCCGAAGUGGGAAACUUGGCCAUUUUUCAGCCUGGCCACAUUGGAGGUGAAGUGACAGUGGUUGAGGAAGGGCCCAUUGUUGCGAAGAGGAAGAGGUUGGAGCAACAAGAUGCCGCGGAGGAGGUACCGGAGCCUAAGCCUGUGACUGCACCCCUCCGUCUGGAAGGGACCUCGUCAGCUUCGGCUGCUGAGUUCGCUGCUGCGCUCCGAGAGCAAGGAUACAUCCGAGUGCCCACGACGAGCUUCUAUGACUCCGGGAUGAGGAGCUCAGCCAAGAGGUUUAUCAAUGCUUAUUUCCCGGAGGUGGACCGCCAGCGCGCGAAGGACGAGGUGGCCGCCAGAGGUUCAGUUGGCGUUGUUCAUCAGGCGUUGGAGGCUAUUAACCUCGUGAAUGCUUUGGCCAAUGAGCAUCACAAGAGCUUGAAAGAGAGGAGUCAGAUGAGGAAGGAGAACGCCGAGCUCGUUAAGAAGAGCGAGGAUGCCAAAGCCGAGGUGGCGAGGUUGAAGGCGAAGAUGGAGGAGCUCCAGAGGGAAAACGCCACCCUCAAAAAGGACUCGGAGAUCUCGUACCAAAAAAGGAAGAUAUGCGAGGCCGAGUUGGAGAAGAGGGAGAAGGAGGUGGAGGAGGCGGGGAAGGUGGUGGCUGAGUUAGAACUCAAGGUUCACAACUCGGUUGAGGAGCAUGUGGAGGGGUUCCUGAGGUCCAGCACCUUCGAGGACAUCGUCAACCUCUACCGUCUUCCCACUGCCAUCGUGGCCUUCUCUGACUACCGGAAGAAGGUGAAGCUGCAAUAUCCUGCUGUGGAUGUGACAAAGAUCACCUUCGGAGAGCAGGAAGGGGAGGUGGAGGAGGACGGAGAAAGUAAGAGGAGUCAGAUGAAGAAGGAGAACGUCGAGCUUGUUAAGAAGAGCGAGGCUGCUGAAGCCGAGGUGGCGAGGUUGAAGGCGGAGAUGGAGGAGCUCCGAAAGGAAAACGCCACCCUCAAAAAGGACUCGGAGAUCUCGUACCAAAAAAGGAAGAUAUGCGAGGUCGAGUUGGAGAGGAGGGAGAAGGAGGUGGAGGAGGCAGGGAAGGUGGUGGCUGAGUUGGAGCUCAAGGUUCACAACUCGGUUGAGGAGCAUGUGGAGGGGUUCUUGAGGUCCAGCACCUUCGAGGACAUCGUCAACCUCUAUCGUCUUCCCACUGCCAUCGUGACCUUCUCUAACUGCUGGAAGAAGGUGAAGCUGCAGUAUCCUGCUGUGGAUGUGACGAAGAUUACCUUCGGAGAGCAGGAAGGGGAGGUGGAGGAAAAUGGAGAGAGCAGUACUACUGACUUCUGCCCGGAGGUAACAUUGAAGUGGGAGAAGGAUAGUUGGGGUCAAACCAUUUUGCCUCCCAAGUUCAGUUUUGAAUUUGUGGUGGUGGGUGAGGAAGACGAAGGCGACGAGGUCAUUGAAGGUGCUGAAAGGCCAGCUGAAGGUGCUGACCAGCCAAGUCAGCCUGCAGAUAACCUCGAGCAGCCUGCGGCCAGCCCGAGCCAAACCGUUGACUAGAUUUGGCCUUGUUUUUUUUUUUUUUUUGAGAGAUAUUCUUUGUAAUCGAUUGGAAAUUAAUGGAAUGAAUUUGAUUUUUUUUU